UGUUUUUAGCCAUGGAGUAUAUACCCUCCAGAAUAUUUGCAGAACUCGCCCUUGUCACGUACGUACAUCAGGGACACGCACGCACAAUAAAAUGGAUUCUUUACGAUCUCUUCUUGUAUUUUCUGCUGUCGUGACUUUAAGCCAGAGUUAUAAGAUGUGUUUGCCUUUGUCCAAAGCAGUGGAUCCAACCCUAGAAUAUUUCAAUCUUUAUGAUGCUUAUAACAUCACCUGGAUGCAUGCGGCUAACAGCAUGUCUAAAGUUAAUGAAGCAUUAGCCAGCAGCUUGAACAUGGUCGAAGCAGAUGUACUGAUGCGUCAUAAUAGAUCUGACACUACGCCAAUUAUGGCUCAUCCACCAGACACCGACAGCAACCUUACUCUUGCUCAAUUCUUAGAGAAAGUAACAGCCUCUAAUAAGGGUAUGAAGUUAGACUUCAAAAGUCUUAUAGCUGUUGAACCAUCACUUAAACUCCUGAAAAACAUAUCAGAUUCAAAUGCAAUAAGGAAUCCUGUGUGGCUUAAUGCUGAUAUAUUGGAUGGUCCAUGUUUUGAUAAGGUUUCUCUUCCCAUCAAUCCAAAAACAUUCAUAGAACUUUGCCAACAGUACUUUCCAAACGCAGUUCUUUCCCUUGGUUGGACCACUGGAAAUGAAGUAAAAGAUGCUAAAAACAAAUACACAUGGGGUAAUGUUAUCGAGAUGGGACAACAUGUCAGUAGCAUCUCUCAACCUGUCACUUUUCCAGUGCGUGCUGCUCUGAUCAAAAGAUCCUUACCUCAGCUUCUUUGGCUUUUGGACCUUUCCAGGAAUUUGACUCUAACUGUUUGGUCAAGUGAAAGUGAUGAUUACGAUACACGAGACCUCCUUGAACUACGAUUUAAAGUUUAUGACAAGAAAAAUGUGUACUACGAUCUUCCAGAAAAACAAGCAGAAGACUUAAAACAUCACUUACGAGGGCCACAAGAAGAUCCAAACAAUCCUUACCAUAACAAUCUUGUGAAACUCAAAGGAUAUUCCACUGCUUCUUGUACUGAUGUCCUCGUUGGUGAGACAAAAGUAAUGUUUACUGGUAAAGGUGGAUGGGUUUCUUCAGUAGAAGAAUUGCAAGCAAAAAAUCUGGAAAGUCAACAUAUCACGAUUGGAGUUUCAUUCAUUUCAUUGGAUGGUCAGAAUGCAACUCAAAAUGUGACGGUCAUUGUUGGAAGUAGUGGACUCUCUGGUGCAAAUGCUGACCUUCCAGACAAAGAAGGACUAAAAGUGAUCCUUCAAAACACUGGAGAAUUCCAAGUUAUUACUCCUGAAGGAAAGAUUAUGAAAAGUUCUGGUAGAGUACCUGAUCCUAACUCCCGGUAUUGGAUUUCAAUCUUUUAUGGACAAGGCCUGAGAUAUGUCAAUGUGGCUGUCAGUAGCGCAGCUGAUAUCAAUGAAGAGAAAAGACUCCGAUAUGAAGGAGGGUUCAAGCCAUCAAAAAUGUUCAUGGUCAUUGGUGUGGGAGAGAAGAAAGGAUGUGCAGUGAUCCUAGAUAAAGUAAUCUCUGCUAUUGCUCUUCCAAGUAGCUCAAGUGCUUGGAUUCUACCAUUCAACUUUGUUAUAAUAACAUUGAUUGCCCUUGUUUCAGGAAUAGUCUCUUGAGUUUUCAAGCUCUAAGGGAAAGUUCAUUUAAUUUGCAGAGGGGGAGGGGGGGAGAGAGGGUGAAGGGUUCUCCUCAAGGACCUUAUUUUGUUAACAGGCCCCCAUUUAGGAUUUAACUUAAUUUUCAAAGCCCCCAACUCGUGAAAAUUUUCAAAUUCAAAUUGAGGACCCACCAUGUAUGCUUGACAAAUUUUUAAAGUACCCUUUCAUUUGCCAAAAAAAUUAGGUUCGCCUCCCCCUUGCCCCCUCCAAUUAUUUAAAUCAU